AACGUUCCUGGUGUCAGGGAGAAAGAUGAGAACCCAUCAGGUGCUCGCCUUCCUCCUGCUCGCGGUGAUCUCCUCUGUGGCCUCUGAAAACGCCAGCACGUCCCGGGGCUGCGGGCUGGACCUUCUCCCUCAGUACGUGUCCCUGUGCGACCUGGACGCCAUUUGGGGCAUCGUGGUGGAGGCGGUGGCCGGGGCAGGCGCCCUGAUCACACUGCUCUUGAUGCUCGUACUCCUAGUGCGCCUGCCCUUCAUCAAGGACAAGGAGAAGAAGCGGCCCGUGUGCCUCCACUUCCUCUUCCUCCUGGGGACCCUGGGCCUUUUUGGGCUGACUUUCGCCUUCAUCAUCCGGAUGGACGAGACUAUCUGCUCGAUCCGCCGCUUCCUCUGGGGCGUCCUCUUCGCGCUCUGCUUUUCCUGCCUGCUGAGCCAGGCAUGGCGUGUGCGGAGACUGGUGUGUCAGGGCACAAGCCCAGCGGGCUGGCAGAUGGUGGGCCUGGCACUGUGCCUGAUGUUGGUGCAGGUCAUCAUCGCCACUGAGUGGCUGGUGCUGACCGUGCUGCGAGACACAAAGCCUGCCUGCGCCUACGAGCCCAUGGACUUCGUGAUGGCCCUCAUCUACGACAUGGUGCUGCUCGUGAUCACCCUGGGGCAGGCGCUCUUCACGCUCUGCGGCAAGUUCAAGAGGUGGAAGCUGAAUGGGGCCUUCAUUCUGAUCACGACCUUCCUCUCUCUGCUCAUCUGGGUGGCCUGGAUCACCAUGUACCUAUUCGGCAACGCCAUGGUGCAGCGAGGAGACACCUGGAGUGACCCCACUUUGGCCAUCACGCUGGCGGCCAGCGGCUGGGUCUUCAUCAUCUUUCACGCCAUCCCCGAGAUCCACUGCACCCUCCUCCCACCCCUGCAGGAAAACCCACCCAACUACUUCGACACGUCGCAGCCCAGGAUGCGGGAGACGGCGUUCGAGGAGGACGUGCACCUGCCACGCACCUACAUGGAGAACCAGGCCUUCUCGAUGGACGAGCACAGUGCAGCUCUCCGAACAGCAGGAUUUUCCAACGGCAGCUUGGGAAAAAGAUCCAGUGGCAGCUUGGGGAAGAAACCCAGCAGCGGUUUGGGAAGCAGACCCAGCGCUCCGUUUAGAAGCAACGUGUAUCAGCCAACCGAGAUGGCCGUUGUGCUCAAUGGCGGGACUAUCCCAACCGCUCCGCCAACUCACACGGGAAGACACCUCUGGUGAACAACCCUAAGUUCCAGAGAAUAAGAAUCUCUCUUACCAAUUCCAUUCCCUGGCCUUGUCUUUCUUGAGGGAGAAGUCAGUAACAGUAGCCGAGCAAGGCCGCCUCACAGCCAGGAGUUGGAAAUCCCGGCCGAGGAGCUUUCGUGUAAAUGUGAACACUGAUGAACUGAAAAGCUAACACCAACUGCCCUCCCCUGUCCUCCUCUGCCACACACACAGACACCUAAUGCCACACCAACCUUGGUCCCUGCAAACUAAAACAGAGCUAACUGCAAAUAGUAUUAGGCUCACUGGGAAAUGUGGCCUGGUUAGAUUGUUUCAUCCUCCGCGGGUGGAACAGAACUGAAUUCACAGCUCAUGGGCCAGGCUAGUGUUGGCCAUACAGGGUGGGGGCAGCCCAUCAAGACCAUCCCUCCCCAGCAAGUGCCGGAUGCUGGUGGCCUCUUGGAGAUGACCGUGCCAUUGAGGCUUUUCCCUGGCUUGCCUGGUGUUUUGCACAUUUCAGGGGAGUUAAGAUGUUGUGGGUAUGAUUUUAAGGUCAAUCUUGGGGCAGCUCUAUAGCCAGAAGUGGGUAGGAACCUGGCAUGUGCCAAAGAGGACAGGCCCCUGGGCCUUGAAGUGACCAUCAUCUCUUGCUCUAGCACCUCUGACGAGAAAGCCGUCCCGCCCCCUUCUCUGGGGAGCCCUAGAAAUAGUCAAGCGUGGUGGAGCCACAGUCCCUUCCUCCUGCUUCCUGUACUUACGAGGGUCCCUUUCCCAGUUGUAUCCUCCUCUUCGUUCCAAAAGCUCAGAUGGAGCCAUGGGCUUGAAGCCCCUCUGAGGCACACUGGAAAGCCAGUGCCAUAGCAGACUUUCCACUGUGACGUCUUGGGGCAGGGCUGCCUGGAUUCCCAGUAGGGUGGAGAGGACGUCCUGCUACCUACAAGCAGUGACCUACUGGGUCUUUUCUGGGAAAGUUCCCGGGUGGAGUGAAGCCCAUGAGGAGUUCUUGCUGCUUUGGGAGAAAGUGGGGUACAUUUUUCUCUUGCUUUUCUGCAGAUUUCAUGAAAAUGGCUCUGUUCAAAGCCCAUUAUUUCUAUCAUGGUUUCCAUCUGUCCUAAGCAAGUCAUUCCUUUGUUACUUGGCAUUUCCAACAUCCCGGCCAUUGAAAGCCCCCAUAUUCUCUGCACUGUUUGGCCAGCAUAACUGCCAGCAACGAGUCAGAGUAAAGAGUGUUAUUCUGACACGUGGAAUGUGUCAGCAAGGGUGGGGCCUUCUGCGUAGACUCUAAUCACUACACUGCUUUUUCUAUAAAACUACCCAUGAGCCUUUAACCUUUAAAGAAAAUGAAAAAGGUUAGUGGUGGGGGUGGGGGUGGGGUGGAGGUCGGGGAACCAACCUCUUCAUAAGCCAGUACUUUUGAGCUAAGUAUGUUUAAUAAACCUGAUUUGUCUUGA